GCAGGAAGGCUUCACUGGGAAUGUUAUUUUCGUGGACAAGUUUGCCCCUUUUCGACUUGCCCUACGGCGAUGGGAUAUGUACUCCCCCACCUUCCUUCACCAUCCGAAACGACCUGGACCCGUCAAGUCAAUGCAAACCGCUCUGCUUCUCCAGACCAUUGCCGACCUGAGAUGGACCUCGCAAGGAGAGAAUUGGUUGUUCGUUUAUUGAUUUGUUGGUUGAGUGAAGUUCAUGCGGAGCAUGGAUGGCUUUUCUCUAUGUGUGGUGUUGUUGCUCUGUGGAUGCGGAGACGUCGUUUAAGUGAUGCCUCAUCUUCGGUGAACUGUCGUUUAAGGAAUGUCUCAUCUUCCCUGAGCUGUCGUUUAAGUGAUGUCUCAUCAACUUCCACGAACUUCAAUGCUAGGAGCGCUCACCUGAAGAAAUUGGUUUGUAGUAGUGAUGUCACUUGCUAUAAGCUACUUAAAAUGCAUAGGAGAACAUUUGACCAGCUCUGUCAAAUGCUUGAUAGUAUAGGGGGACUAAAGCCUAUUAAUCAUCUUCGGUGAACUGUCGUUUAAGGAAUGUCUCAUCUUCCCUGAGCUGUCGUUUAAGUGAUGUCUCAUCAACUUCCACGAACUUCAAUGCUAGGAGCGCUCACCUGAAGAAAUUGGUUUGUAGUAGUGAUGUCACUUGCUAUAAGCUACUUAAAAUGCAUAGGAGAACAUUUGACCAGCUCUGUCAAAUGCUUGAUAGUAUAGGGGGACUAAAGCCUAUUAAUAAUGUGGCUGUCGAUGAACAAGUGGCUAUUUGUGUGCAUAUACUGGCUCAUCCUGUGAAGGAUAGGGUCAUACGGUUCAAUAUUGGGAGAUCUGGAGAAACUGUAAGUAGGUAUUUUUCUUUGGUUCUUAAUGCUAUAAUGGAACUAUAUGAAGAGUUAUCGAAGAAACCUGAGCCGGUGCCGGAGGAUUCAACAGACGAGAAGUGGAAGUGGUUCAAGUUUUUCCAGCAUUGUCUUGGAGCUGUGGAUUGUGCUUAUAUCAAGGUGAAGGUGCCUCUGGCUGAUCAAGGUAGGUAUCGUAACAGGAAAGGAGAAAUCACUACUAAUGUACUGGGGGCUUGCUCUCAAGAUGGACAAUUUACCUUUAUCUUUCCUGGAUGGGAAGGAUCUGCAACUAAUAGGAGGGUGUUGUGCGACGCAGUUAGCAGGAGGCAUGGAUUUAAAGUUCCUCAUGGUCAAUAUUAUUUGGUUGAUGGUUGGUUCACCAGUUGUGAAGGUUUCCUUGCACCAUACAAAGGUAAAAGAUACCGCUCAAACCAAUUGAGAGAAGAGCAUUACCCUGGAAUAUUACAUGAGUGCUACAACACGCGACAUUCUCUAGCACUUGAUGUGAUAAAGAGAUGCUUUGGUUUGUUAAAGCUGAGGUGGGCGAUUCUUAGGAACCCACCUUUUUUCAAAGCAGUUCGUACGUACAAUCUGGUGAUAUUUGCAUGCUGCUUAUUGCAAAACCUUAUUCGUCAAGAUGGUGCAGACCCACUUGAGGAUGAAUUAGCUGACAUGGAAGGUGAAAUAUUCAACGAGCUUAUAGGCAAAAGCGCAAAGAGAUGAACUUGGUCAGGAUAGGUUGACUGUGAUAUAUGUUAGACCGUUUUUUUGUUUUUUUUUUUUUUUUGGCCAAAGGAUGAACCGGUUGAUAAGUACUGUUUUUAAUUUUUUUGAUUUAAUCAUGCCCAGCACUCGACUUUCCGUCUUUGAGAAAGUUGACUGCUUCACUAGCGUAUUAGGACAAGGUGUUGUCAUCCACCAAGCGGUCCCCCGUAUCCACCGUCUAAGCAUUUUGCAGAUUAACGGAGUGUAUUUAGCUUAUAUUGGCACAAAUAUCAA